AGUGGUUUCGUUCCGCCCCCGCGGGGCUUCCCCACGGGCGGGCGAGUCCAACGGCCUCCGGGGGGGGUGGGGUGGGGGGUGGGAACCAGACUCGGGCCGCACGCGCUGCUCCCGCCACGCGGGAGGGCACCGCCCCUGGGAGGGAGUAGCCUCGUCUGACCUCGCCUCUGGGCGGAGCAUUCCACACAGGCCACGCCCCCUCGAUGGGUGCUAUCCGCUGUUGGCUCCGCCUAUGGGCGGGACACUCCACACCGGCUCCGCCCCUCUAUAGGAUUUAACAGUGGUUGGCUCCGCCCCCUUGAUAUGGCUCAUCGGUGUUUAGCUCCGUCAAUGGGCGGGGUUUUCCCAUAGGCUCCGCCCCCUUGCGAGAGUUCAAUCUCUGGUUGGGUCCGCCUCUGGGCGGGGUCUUCCCAUCCCGCCCACCGUGCGGCGGCGGAAGGGGCGUGGCCUGCGACGGAAGGGGCGUGGCCAGCCGCCAUGCCGUGCGCCCGUACAGGGGCUCGGCUGUUCUUCGCGGGAGUCCCGCGCCGGCACCGGGUCUCCGGGCCCGACCCCCAACUCUCCGAGCGCCUCCGCCUCUUCCAGCAGCUCCGGGCGGCGCAGGAGCAGCGCGAUGGAGCCGGGACCGGGACCGGGGCCGCGGGGGGCCGCUCCCCGCCCCCCCCGGGGACCCCCAUCAGCAUCACCCUGCCCGGGGGGCGCCGCCUCCCCGGCCGAGCCCUGCAGACCACCCCCUUCCAGGUGGCCACGCAGCUGGGGGGGGAGGUGGCACUGGUGGCCCGGGUGAACGGGACCCUCCAGGACCUCGACCGGCCCCUCGAGAGCGACGCCGACCUGGAGCUCCUCGACUUCUCGGUCCCGGAGGGACGCGAGGCUUUUUGGCGGUCCGGCGCCUGCGUCCUGGGGGCGGUGGCCGAGCAGUUUUACGGGGCCACGCUCUGCAGCGCCCAGGCCACGGAGGACGGCUUCUUCUGUGACAUCCACAUGGGUGACAGGACGGUGCAGCGGGCCGAGCUGCCGGCGCUGGAGGAAGCUUGUGCGGCUUUCGCCCGCGCCGGGCACCGCUUCGAGCGCCUCGAGGCCACCCGCCAGCAGCUGGCCGAGCUCUUCAAGCACAACCCCUUCCAGCUGCAGCAGAUCGAGGAGGAGGUGACGUCCCCUACGGCCACCGUCUAUAGGUGCGGCCCCCUGCUCCAGCUCUGCCCCGGCCCCCUCCUGCAGCACACGGGGCUGAUCGCGGCCCUCCGCGUCCUGACGAGCUCGGCGGCGUUUUGGCGGGGGGCCGGGGGCCGCCGGGCGCUGCAGCGCGUCGCCGCCGUCGCCUUCCCCAGCGCCCGCGACCUGGGCGCCUGGCAGCGAGCGCAGGAUGAGGCCGCCCUGCGGGAUCAUCGCCGCAUCGGGCGGGAGCAGGAGCUUUUCUUCUUCCACAAGCUCAGCCCCGGCAGCUGCUUCUUCCUCCCCCGCGGCGCCCACAUCUACAACGCCCUCGUGGAGUUUAUCAGGAGCGAGUACCGGGCGAGGGGCUUCUGCGAGGUGGUGACCCCCAACAUGUUCAGCCCCCAGCUCUGGGAGCUCUCGGGGCACUGGCAGCACUACAGCACCCACAUGUUCUCCGUCACCGCCGGCACCGAGACCCUCUCCCUCAAACCCAUGAACUGCCCGGCCCACUGCCUGAUGUUCGCCCACCGGCCGCGGUCGUGGCGGGAGCUGCCCUUGCGCCUGGCUGAUUUUGGGGUGCUGCAUCGCAACGAACCCCCCGGCAGUUUGACGGGGCUGACGCGGGUGCGGCGGUUCCAGCAGGACGACGCUCACAUCUUCUGCACGCUGGAGCAGCUGGAAGGCGAGAUCGACGCCUGCUUGGAUUUCAUCCGGACCGUCUACACGGUGCUGGGCUUCUCCUUCCGCCUGGCGCUGGCCACCCGCCCCCCCGGAUUCCUGGGGGACCCCGAGACCUGGGACCGCGCCGAGCAGCAGUUGGAGCGGAGCCUCCGCACCUUCGGGCAGCCCUGGGAGCUGAGUGCGGGCGACGGCGCCUUUUAUGGCCCCAAGAUCGAUAUCCGGAUCCGGGAUGCGCUGGGGAGGCACCAUCAGUGCGGCACCAUCCAGCUGGAUUUUCAGAUGCCGGAAAGAUUUGGGCUGGAGUACGCCAGCCCGGCGGGGGGGGCGGCGCGGCCGGUGCUGAUCCACCGGGCGGUGCUGGGCUCCGUGGAGCGCAUGGUGGCCGUGCUGGCCGAGAGCUGCGGCGGCCGAUGGCCGCUCUGGCUGUCCCCGCUGCAGGCGAUGGUCAUCCCGCAGACGCCCGAAGUCGAGGACUACGCCCGGGAGGUUCAGGCGGUGCUGCGUGGGGGGGGCAUCGUGGCCGACCUGGACGGGGACGCGGGGGCCACCCUGGCCAGGAAGAUCCGCCGGGCCCAGCUCGCCCACUACAACUUCCAGCUGGUGGUGGGCCGGCAGGAGCGGGCGCGCGGCACCGUCAGCGUCCGCACGCGGGACAACCGGCUGCUGGGGGAGCGCGACCUGCGGCGGGUGCUGCAGCGGCUGCGGGAGCUGCGGGACGCCCGCGUCCCCGACGCCGAGCAGCGCUUCUGACCCCCCCCCCCCCCAAAAAAAAAAAAUUACCUCCCUGUGUGUCUGUUCCCCCCCCCAACUCCAACCCCAAUUAAAACGCUGGGAAACAGCAGCGGGUUGAGCUGA